AUGGGGAAUGAAGCUAAUGCGUACUGCUGCUUGAGUCCAUGCACAUUUGUUUGGCUGAUGGCAUUGCUUGCUCUGCAGGUGUCUGGAGAUUACAUCCCAGUGGCUGAGAUGCAGGAUGGCUCUUUGGGUUACUGUUUCCAACGUGCUUCCAUAUCAGGCUCGACUCCACUGGCCAUUGCAGCGAGGACGAGCAGCCCUCGCUGCCGCCCGCCAGCGGCGAAGGGGCCGCUAGACGUCGACGACCUGCUCAGGGAGAUCCUGCUCCGCCUCCCCCCGCAGCUAUCCUCCCUCCCGCGCGCCUCCCUCGUCUGCAAACGCUGGCGGCGCAUCGUCUCCGACCCCGGCUUCACCCGCCACUUCCGCCUCCACCACCGCAGCAAGCCUCCUCUCCUCGGCCUCUUCGCCAAAAACUUCCAUGACAUCUAUUUCCUGCCCACUCUGGACCCUCCCAACCGCGUCCCGGAGGACCGCUUCCGCCUGCACUUCGACAAGGGCGACAACCUGUUCAGGACCCUCGGAUACCGCCAUGGCCUCGCGCUCAUCUACCAUGAGUCGCGGGACCAGAUCCUGGUGUGGGACCCCGUCAACGGCGACCAGCACUACCUCCAUGUUCCCUCAAGGUUCGAGAGGAAGAAGUCCGAGGUCCACGGGGCGGUGCUUCGGGCUGCCGGAGACGCCCGCCACUUUCAGGUGGUCCUGGUAGGCAACAACGAGAAACAGUGCAGACGACUGCUUGCUUGCGUCUACUCAUCGGAGACCGGCGCGUGGGGUAAUCUCGUCUCAACGCUUCUUACACCAAAUCCCAAGUGUGCUUGGAGCCGCCUUUCGCACUUGAUUUGUAUGUUCCUUCCUGGUGUCCUGGUUGGAGAUUCCAUUUACUGGUCGUUUACUGAAAGUUCAACCGGCAUCCUUCAGUUUGACUUGGGUAGGCAAAGCCUAGUUGUGAUACCAUUGCCAAUGGAUGUGUUUGCAAAGGGGUACCACCACUUCACGGUUAUGCGAGCAGAGGAUGGUGGGCUUGGUUGCCUCUUCCUGUCAGGCUUCAGCGCCCAAUUCUGGAAGAGGAAGACCGAGUGUGGUGGGGUUGCAUCAUCAUGGGUUCUGGGACGAACUAUUGAACUGGACAAGGUACUCCCCAUGAAUUCAGAGGAAGAGAGAGUUCCCCUAAGGAUGAUGGGCUUUGCUGAGGACAGUAAUGUGGCGGUCGUGUGGACAUUCGACGGUCUCUUCAUGGUCCAGGUUGAGUCAUUGCAGUUCAAGAAGGUAAGCAAGCUUUUACACUGA